UAAACUGGACCACCUGGACCACUGAACAACCUACGUUAACAUACACCAGUUUAGUGUUUCGAUGAAACUGAGUUUCAGCUAUACGGAUGCAUUCUAUCCUACUUUUAUUCUGACGACAUUUUCGCGAGAUUUCGGAUUGACCGGAAAACUUAUUGCCGCUAAACUUCUAAGGGCCUCUGACUCCAAACAGAGGCAGAUAACUAGGUAACAUGUUUUAUGAAGAUCUCCCCUUCCUCUGUUCUGACGCAGUUUUCUUCAACACAUUUACCGACAAGCUAUGCCUCUGGUAAAGCCUCCCUCCACCUGGACGACAGGGUCCCUGAAGGAGCUGAAGACAAAUCUGCAACAAGAGAAGGGUGCUGUGGUGAAGGUUAACCGUGGCAACAUCAUGACAGUGCAUGUUCCCACUGUAGCAGAAUACCAGCGUGUAUGUUGGGAGUUUGCCACUGACGGCUAUGACAUUGGCUUUGGUGUGUACUUUGAUUGGUCACCAGUCACCAGCUCUGCCAUCACUGUCCAUGUUAGUGAGUCCAGUGAUGACGAAGAGGAAGAGGAGCAGCCAGAAGGACCUGCAAACGUUGCUGAUGUUGAAAAAGGAUGUAAAUUGACUGCCAACACAAACUUGGGAGAGAUUCUGCCAAUGUAUCGGCAGGAUAGUCACCUUGCAGUGCAGGGUGGCAGCCAUGAGUUUCCUGGGGAAGGCACCUAUCUUCUGAAGUUUGACAACUCCUAUUCACUUUGGAGAAACAAGACUUUGUACUACAGAGUGUUCUAUGGUAACUGAAAGCGCAGGAUGAUAUAUAAAUGGAUAUGUACUGAGAAUGUUUGCUAUUAAUAUGCCAUGCUUAGUAAGUAAAACAAAGCACAGUUAAUCAUGUUGAUGUUACAAGGCCUCACAUAACAAUAUUGAGUGCCUUUGCAAAGAAAAGAAAGUUUUUAGCAAGUCCCAUUCUAAGAAGAUGUUUAAAAUCCAUGGUCUAAACAGGAUACAACCUUCCUCUUAGCUUACUGUCAUGAAGUUCUUUGCCUCCACCCUAACAGUUAUUUUGGGGGAAAGGAUAAUGGAUCACACAAAGAAAGUUACAAUGGGACUUGCUAGUAGAAUUACUUCUUUCUUUAGCUGAUACCUCUCAUUGCCAAGCUAGCAUAUUCUUAGCCCUCUGUUGAGCCUUAUUUUUGUAAAAUCAAUGGACCUAAGCCUAGAUAUAGUAUAAUUGUAAUAAAAGUUAUUUCAGAAAUA